AUGUCAUCAAGCGAGACACGUUCGAGAAAAAGGGACGCGGAGACAAUCCAGGUGGCAAGACAACCGGAAGCGAAGCGGACCAAACGUGUCAGAGUCUUUUGGGCUUGCACAGAGUGUCGCAGAAAAAAAGAGCGAUGCGAUGGCAUACAACCAAUUUGUGGAUCAUGCAAAUCUCAGGAUCGCGACUGCUCCUACGUACGACGUCCCAAGAAACGCGGGCUCACGACAGGCUACGUCAGGGGCCUCGAGAUAUUGCUCGGGCUAAUAUUCCACUCUGUGGAGGGAUGCGAGCCCUUCAUUGCUGCCAUAUUGAAAGGCGAGUCCUCUAUCGCUUCGCCCGGUGGCCAGGAACACCAGUCGGCCUCGACUGUCAACGUGCUGGUAGAUACCUGGCGGACCAGCUCGUCAUGGAAGGAACUGGAGAGAAUCCUUUCGACAGUCGAAUCUGGAGAAGAUGAAGAGUUCACCGCGCGUGAUCUACAUGACAGACUUGAUGAAGCUCUGAAAGAGUCGUUGUCUAUUAAGGAAGGGACCGGCACAAGCACGCUACUUUCUGAAAAGCCAUCAACCGAUAGCCGGACUGUCCUGCCUGAGGGUGGCGGUACUCCAGAGGUCAAUGAUUCCCCUACACGAGAAGCAGGCGGCGGCAUGCAGGCGACAGAAUCCGCCACCGUUGAAACACUACCAAGUGAUACUCCAAGGUUUUCCAAUCUAUUGCAAGAUUGGCCUGAGCUUCUGGAUACCUAUUUCGCGAGUACAAACUCUUGGAUACCUAUUAUCUUAAAGAAUGACGCCUUUCGGGCAGCAUAUACUCUCGCUGCUGCCGAGCCGCACAGCGGUCAGAAUGAUCAACUUCCAUUGGGCGACCAGGCUUGUCUUCUUUCAAUGCUCGCCUACGCCAGAUAUACAGAGUGUGUUGCUCUUGGGAAGAACGGCUUUAGCAAAGAUCUACAAGACAAGUUCGCAAAUGUUUUCGCAUGGGCUUCACAACUGAUAUCACAUUACGAGAGUCAAAGUGAUAUCGGCCAUAUUCAAGCCAUGCUCAUCUUUACCAUGCUCUACUACGCCCAGGGCAACUUGAAAAUGGCGUGGUCCCUUGUUGGGAAAGCCGUUUACCAUGUCGUGGAGCUAGGUCUUUUAAAAUCGGGUAUCGCACAGUCAUCCCCUUUGGAACCCCGAAGCAAACGGGUUGUAUUGAGUUGCUUUGUCCUAGAGACUCUGCUAUCGGCUCGGCUGCACCGACGGCCAUAUAUGCGGACCUGCGACAUUCAAUCAGUGGGAUUACUUGAUGCUGAUGGCAUUGAAGAAUGGGAACCAUGGAGGCCGGCAAGUUUAUUGCCAUCAUCAACAAGUUGCGACCUACCACGGCUUUCACAGCAACCUGCAAGGGUGCUAACCACUUUCAACCUCCUGUUGCAAGCGUCAACCAUAAUGAACGACAACCUCCAAGGUCACAUUGGUGACGCCGACAAGGGAAUCCAACAAAGACAUCUUGAUAUACUUGGUCUCUUGCAAUCACAAGAUCAUCUUAACAACCUUAUUGCCCAACCAGAAGCACAGGAGAUGUCACCACAAGCUGCUAACCUCAUGUUGGCUACUGUGGCCUGCCUUCCAAAUCUGAUCCCCACAGGUGCUCAUAUAGGACAUACCAACCCCUCGUGUCCUAGCAGCCCCCAAGCCAACCGGAUUCUUGCAAGUGUCGCCGAAAGAGCCAAGCAACAAAGAACCUUCUUACUGCCACCUUUUUCCGAUUUAUACCUCAAUAUCAUCGAGAACAGGAGCAAGAACCCCGUGUUUUCUCACGAAACACAUUAUUCUAUGACAUGGAUAUGGGAACUCAGGGCGAAAUACAAUGGAACUUGGGGUGCUACCGACUUCUACUGUCACCAUUCGCCGGAAGCAACGAGCCACCAUUUUGGGGAGCCCUUGACCACCCCCAACGCCGGCUCUGCGGUAAUUGGACAAGGCUCGAGUGAUGAAGUUGGCUCGAGAAACCAAUUCUCAACUAUGAUUCCAACGAGCACAGACAAAGGUGACACUGGUAUAUCUGCUGCCGGAGAUCCAAGCGCUUCUCUCAGGCUCCAGCCGGAAGGAUUUACUCGAUCCGGUCAAGCUGGUGCGAACCGUACACCAUACAUGGGUCAUUCUAGGUCGCCCCUCCUAGACUCCAGCCCGCAAGAUUUGUUCAGCAGCCUUCUAUCUCUGGAAAAUGACGACAGGCCGGUUCUAUCACAAGAGUUUGUAGAAAAUUUAGGGGUAUUGGGGGACAUCGGCAUUGAUUCCGUAGAGUUUCAUAAUCUCUUCACGGUGAAACCUCGCCACAUCGUCCAUCGGCUGCCAAACCCAAUGGCUAACGUUAACUAUCAACCUUCCAUCCUGUCUGUGUCGUUGGGCCGUGCUUGGCAUCAUGAUCUCCACCAUAAACUGAACCAGGCGGCUGCAGAUGGCUUCAAGGGUGUGGAGAUCUUCUACGAAGACCUCGAAUAUGAGGCGAAACGGAAGUUCGGGACAUCUAGCCCAAGCUCAGAACAGUUGAUUGAAGCUGCAGCCGGAGUCUAUCAGACCUGUCAAUCAGCUGGGCUUGAGGUCAUCGAUCUCCAGCCGUUCCUAUUCUACGACGGUCUGCUAGAUCGAGCUGAGCAUGAUCGACUGAUCGGCAAGUUGAGUGUUUGGUUUCAAAUUGCCAAAGCACUCCGAACAAACACGAUCCAGAUCCCAGCCAACUUCUUGCCUGCUGAAAAGCUCACCGGCGACUUCAACGUCAUUGCGUCUGACCUCAGAAAGCUAGCCGAUCUGGGCCUCAAAGAAGAGCCCCAGGUGAGAUUUGCGUACGAGAAUCUCUGCUGGAGCACUCAUGUCGACACGUGGGAGAAAGCCUGGCAAAUCUGCAAGAUGGUCGACCGCCCCAACUUUGGCCUUUGUCUCGACACGUUCAAUAUCGCUGGCAGGGUCUGGGCCGACCCGACGUCGCCAGACGGGAAGACCCCUAAUGCAGACGCGGACCUGAAAGCGUCUAUUCAAGCAAUGGUGCGGGAGGUAGACUUGACCAAGGUCUUCUUCAUCCAGGUAGUGGAUGCGGAGAGGUUGGCGUCGCCGCUCGUCGACGGUCACCCUUUCCAUGUGGACGGCCAGCCGGCGCGGAUGAGUUGGUCACGCAAUGCCCGAACUUUCAUAUACGAGGAUGAUCGUGGGGCAUAUCUCCCCGUGGAAGAUGUUGCUAGAGCCCUUAUUGACGACAUGGGAUACAAGGGAUACAUCUCUAUGGAGCUUUUCUCCCGCACCAUGUCUGAGGAAGGCAGUGAGGUCCCCAAACAGCAUUCGCAGAGAGGGAUCCGAGCAUGGGAAAAGCUGAAGGAUCGAUUGCAGCUAGAUGUCAAGUGA